AUGACGCUUCCUGUAGUUGGGUCUGUGACCCUCCCAUCUCUGCCUGCAGAGCCAUGUGGGGCAGAUGGGCUGGGUGGGGGGGCCACAGCCCCCCAGGAGCCUGGCGUGUUGGUGGAGGUGGUGGGCGCGGAGCAGCUGGACCCCGGGGGGACGAUUCGGGCGCUGCAGGAGGAGCUGUCGGCCGCGCUGGCCGAGGUGGAGACGCUGCGAGCCGUGGCCACCGUGAGCGAGGGCACCAAGCAGGAGGCUGUGGCCGCUGUGCGGCGUCAAUGCCAGGAGGAGGUGGCCUCGUUGCAGGCCAUCCUCAAAGACACCAUCAACAGCUAUGAGGCCCGCCUGGAGGCCCUGCAGCAGGAGCAGCACGGUGGGGGCUCGUGGGGGAGCCGGGAGCUGAGCCGCCUGCAGCAGCAGCAGACGCAGGGAAACCCCCUGGACUCGCUGGAGCAGCAGAUGGAGAAGGCACAGGAGGACUCCGAGCGGCUGCGCAGCAUCGUGCUGCCCAUGGAGGAGGAGAUCGCCCAGCUCAAGAGCAAACUCUCCCGGGCCGAGGGACUGAUCCAGGGGCUGCAGGGGCCUGAGGGCUCGCUCUGCGUCUCGUCAGAGUCCCUGCUGUCUGACAGGGAGGCUCCCAGCCGGAUGCCCCCUGCCCACCUUGGGGGAGAGGGGGAUGAAGGCUCUGGACCAGAGGGCGAGGAGGAGCCGGGAGGGGGCCUGGCCUUCACCCGCGGCUGCGACAGCGUUUCCAUCAUCUCCAUCGCCAGCUCCAGCGCUGGUUCGCCCCGGCCCCGCCGCCGCCCCAGCCCGGAGCACGAGGACACAGCCUCCCUGCUGUCCACUGGCACCCUUGUGCCCGAGAGCAUCUACCUGCUGCCCCCUGGCUUCCAGCUGGUGCCUGAUGGGGAGUGGGCACAACUGCAGCAGGAGGCCAGGCGGCACCAGGAGUCCCUGCAGCAGCUGAGAGAGCAGCUGGAGGCGGCGAUGCAGGAGAAGCUGGGACUGCAGGAGGCGCUGAGACGGAGCAGUGAGGACUGUGCCAAGCAGGUGCUGGUGCUGCUGGAUCAGAUCCAGAAGUCGGAGCAGCUGCUGCAGAACCUGCAGGCGACCGUGUCCCAGACCCAGCACCGGACCCAGGAGCAGAUAGCUGACCUGGCGUCAUCUCACAAGCGACUCAGCUACGAGGUGCAGCGGCUGAGCGAGGAGAAUGAGGGGCUGCGGGGCUCCCAGACCCCCCUGGCCCCCGCUGAGGAGCUGCCACUGACCAGCUCUGUGCAGGAGCUGCAGGCCCUGGUGCGCCGGCUGCAGGAGGAGGCCGGGACCCUGCGCCGAGCCAGUGAGCACCAUAGCGAGCGGCUGCGCAUUGAGAUCGUCACGCUGCGUGAGCGGCUGGAUGAGGAGGAGGCCACCCAGGCCCGGCUGCAGGGGGUUCUGGAGGCCCAGUUGGGGGCCCAGCGCGAGGAGAGCCUUGUCUCUCUCCCCCACACUCCUCCGGCUGCGACUCCAUCGUUCCUGCCCACAGAGCUCAUGGAGGCCUCCCUGUGCAGCGUCCGGUCGGAGAUGGAGCGGCUACAGCAGCAGCUGGGGCAGGCAGAGCAGCGGGCACAGGGGCUGGAGCAGGACGUGCAGCGGCUCCGGGGGGACCUAACUCAGCGUGACCAGCAGGGCCAGGCCUGGGAACAGGAGAAGGCCAGGCUGGAGGCAGUGCUGUUCGAGCAGCGGGGGAAGCUGCAGCGGUUGCAGGCGGAGCUGGACACCAGUGAGCAGGUGCAGAGAGACUUUGUCCGCCUCUCGCAGACUCUGCAGGUGCAGCUGGAGAGGAUCCGCCGGGCCCCCUCGCUGGAGCAGGUGCGCAGCAUUGUGGACGGGACGCAGCUGAAGGAUGUAGCAGAGCUCAAGGAGCCCUGAGAGGCUGGGACAGCAAGGGGCCCUCCCCCUAGGGGGGGGCAUGGAUGCCGCCUACCCUCCCUCUGUACGGGCACAGACUCCAACCCCUUUCCCUCCCCACCAGGGGGGCCUUGGACACUGGCCAGGCUCUGAGUGGCUAUCCUCUACUAACCCCCUUCUCCAGGCACCUGUGGGGGAUUGGGGCCAUCAGCCUGGGGAGACAGGUCCCAACUCCUCUCUGCCCACCCGCCCCAGCUCCGGGAUGAUGCCCCUCACCUGCACACUAAGCAAAGAUGCAGCUGCUGUCCACCCCUCCACACACACACACGAGAGUGAGGCCUAUGGGGGAAGGAGUCAUGGCAUGGCCCCAGCUCUGGCUCCCACCACAAGAAACAGCCUGUUACUGACAGUUACUAACACUGAGGAGGGAUUUGGACUUGAGCUGGGGAAGGCCAGCUCUGACUCAGUGUCCAUCCUCCAUUCCCCCUCCCCCAGGUUCCUUCCCCCCCACAAUGGAUGGGAAGGGGCUGGGCCAAGCAGAGCCCACCGGCUCCCCUGACACUAACACUCCUCCAGCCUGCCUUUGUGUGGAGGGUCCACAGGGGGCAGGGUUAAUAAAGGUGACUUUGUGACCAUA